CACAUGUAUAUAGAAAGGAUAUAUUCUGAUGGAUAAGCGUUUACAUUAUGUAUUGAUAUAACGUUCUGUACCAGAAGGCUCUUCCUUGAUACAAGAUUCUCUUGUAUUCCGAUACCGUAUCAAUUGUUUUACGGGUGCAACGGAGGAAGAGAAAAAGAGAGGUGGUGAUGAUGGUGGUGGUGAUGGUGGUGAACAUCGGUUAAACAUGCCUACAAGUUUUCUGGAGGUACAAGUGUUCCGGAGAUAGACGGAGCACGUUAGAGCGACGUAACACACCACGUAUACAGACACAGACACACGCCAUACGCACUCCGGAAGCUCAAGCAGAAUAGAUCUAAGUUAGGUGAAGAUGAGUAUACCAUACGAUGAGAGCUUAAUAUGGAUAGUAGUGAUUGGCUUUAUAGUCGCAUUCGUUCUGGCUUUCGGCAUCGGGGCUAACGAUGUCGCGAACAGCUUCGGGACGAGCGUCGGUGCCGGGGUACUCACGAUAUUCCAAGCUUGCAUUUUGGCAACGUUCUUCGAAAUCGCUGGUGCCGUGUUGAUCGGAUACAAGGUCUCCGACACUAUGCGCAAGGGUAUACUGGACGUCUCGUUGUACGAGGGCCACGAGAAGGAGUUGAUGAUAGGAGCGUUGUCCAGUCUAGCCGGAUCUGCUAUCUGGCUACUAUUGGCAACUGCGUUACGACUUCCAAUUUCCGGUACGCAUUCCAUUGUUGGUGCUACAGUCGGAUUUUCGCUCGUGUGCAGAGGUACCAAGGGGGUGAGAUGGAUAGCUCUCGCCCACAUAGCGGCGUCGUGGUUCGCCAGUCCCGUGCUCAGCGGGAUCGUGUCCUUUCUAAUCUUCUGGCUGCUGAGGAAAUCCGUGCUUCGGUCCAGCAAGCCGUUCGAACAGGGUCUCAAUAUUCUCCCCGUAGCGUACGGUCUCACCAUUGCUGUCAAUGUUAUGUCAAUUGCGCUUGACGGACCUAAAUUAUUAAUGUUAGAUCAAAUGCCGUGGUGGGGUAGUUUGAUAGCCGCGUUGCUUCUGGGCUUGGUCGUCGCGGUAAUCGUGUACGUGUUCGUGGUGCCAUGGCAGAGAACGAGGAUAUUGCUGGCGAUGAGUGAUGACCGGGAGAAAGCGGCGACGCACUUGGGCGCCUGCGACAAGAAGGAGACGACGGCGUUGUCGGUGAUCACGGAGUCCCCGUGCGGCGGCAACGGGGGCGGCGGCGGCGGCAGCGGCGGCGGCGGCGGCGGCGGCGGCGGCGGCGGCGGCGAUGGCAGCAACAGCAACGGCAAUGCGAAGGAUGUGAAGUUGCGCGGCAACAGCAGCGAGAGCCCGUUGCUGAUGGUCGCCCAGGCGGAGGAGGUAGAGAACGCGCAGGCGGACUGCAUCGCGGCCGAGGAGGAGCAGCCGGAGGUGUCCAGGUUAUUUUCCUUCCUGCAAGUACUCACCGCAGCAUUCGGCAGCUUCGCUCAUGGCGGUAACGACGUUAGCAACGCGAUCGGCCCGCUGAUCGCGCUCUGGGCCGUCUACUCGGAAGGCUCGGCUAAGCAGGAAGCUGAAACUCCUAUACUUAUAUUGCUGUACGGCGGCCUAGGUAUCUCCACCGGUCUGUGGGUCUGGGGACGCAGGGUGAUACAAACCUUGGGCCAGGACCUGGCGCGCAUCACCCCCACGACCGGAUUUACUAUAGAGGUGGGAGCAGCAGUGACGGUCUUGUUGGCAAGUAAGGCUGGUCUACCUGUGUCAACGACGCACUGCAAAGUGGGAUCGGUGGUGUGCGUGGGAUGGGCGUCCCGCGGCGGCGAGGGGGUGUCGUGGAAACUGUUUCGCAAUAUCGCGUUCGCGUGGCUGAUCACCGUGCCGAUGGCUGGCUGCCUAUCCGCUGGUUGCAUGGCCAUUUUCAGAAGAGUCAUUAGUUUGUGAUCGCGCAGCAGUCACGGCCGACUGACCCCGCCGGCAGACGGGACUGGUGGUUGCUCGUAGCGGUUGCACGAACAACCAUCCGAAUACUACUGUUGUCAAUAAGUCCUGAACAAAUAAAUGGUCGAACAGAA